GUAAGUCUGUGAGGCCUAAGGGACUUCAGGAAGAGCGGGCGGCGGGUCGGGACGCUCCGGCGCCACUAUGGAUCGGAGGAAAAAGCCUCUGGACGUUGCAGCCUCUUCGUUAGUAGAUCUUAAGGCUGAACUUUUCCGAAAACAAGAAGAAUUCAAACAGGAGAAACUUCGAAAAGAUUCUGGAGUUUUGGGAAAACCAAAAACAACUCAUAAGAAGCCCAGUGUCUGGAACAAGCAGAACACAGGAGUUUCUGGGAGAGCUGAGAAGGAUGCUGAGCAGAAGCUUGAGGAACAGAAGACCCUGGACAAAGCAAGGGAGAAAUUGGAAGAAAAAGCCAAGUUAUAUGAAAAAAUGACUAAAGGAGACUUUAUAGACGAAGAAGUGGAAGAUAUGUAUCUUGUGGAUUUCACACAGAAGAUCAUAGACAAACGCAAAGAAAUGGAGGCACUGGGUGCCAAUAAAGAGUCUCAAAACGCGAGAGAAAGGGACGAUGAUGAAGAAACUCUUACUGAAAGCGAAAUACCUCCUCCCCAAGACCCCGGAGAAGAGUGGGUGGAUUAUGUGGACUCGUUAGGCCGAUCCCGGCGCUGUAUGAGAAAGGAUUUGCCAGAUCUGCUGGAGAUGGAUAAGAAUCUUCAGGGGAGACUUUUCAUCAGUCCUGCUAAUGAAAAAACCUUAUUAUCUGAAGAUAUGAGAAAAGAACUUCAGCGCCAGCAAUGGGAAGAAGAAGAAAGGGAGGCUCUGAGAAGGCCAGUGGGGCCCAUUCAUUAUGAAGAUAUUCGGGAAAAUGAGGCCCGGCAACUUGGUGUUGGAUAUUUUGCCUUUGCCCGAGACAAAGAGUUGAGAAACAAGCAAAUGAAGACGUUAGAGAUGCUGCGUGAACAGACAACAGAUCAGAGAACAAAACGAGAAAACAUAAAAGAAAAGCGAAAGGCUAUAUUAGAAGCAAGACUUGCUAAACUUCGACAGAAAAAGAUGAAGAAAUCCAAAGAAGAUGGAGAAGAAGAAAACAGAGAUGGAGAUGUUACUGAACCCUUGAUCCUGGAACCAGAGCCUGGGCCGCCUACACAUCCUGCUACCCAGAGUAGCAAAGUAGAAGUCAUUGUCCAGGAGAGGAAGGACACCAAGCCCGGAGUGCCCCACGUGCGGGAGUGGGACCGUGGAAAAGAUUUUUCCUUUGGAUACUGGUCGAAGAGGCAGUCAGAGCUCCGGGCUGAGAGGGAUCCUGAGUUUGCCCCACCUUCAGAUUACUUUGCGGGUCAGAAGAGGACUGGUUCUCUCAGCGGCCAGAUGUGGAACAGACCUGGAGUAGCACCGAGCGACACUUGGCAGCACUCUGGCCCAAGCCAGGAGCCCAGCUCUUCACAGACAGGCUCCACUCCUGCCCCCACAGGCCCACCACAACCCCCAACGGUCACAUUCCAAUCUCUGGAUGAUAUGAUAUCAUAUUAUAAACAAGUGACAUGAGCUUACAUAGGCUUGUGACUUGGUUUAUACUGGUGAUGGUGCUUUCCUUUCCCAAAAGGGGAGAGAUGCCUCUGGGACCCAACUGUGUCUUUGUCCUUCCCCUAGAAGGCAUAGACUUGAGGUUGGGCUUACCAGCCAGGAGGGAAGUGAAUGGUCCUGUGGGAAUUCUUUGGCCAUUGGUGGUUUCUUUACUUCUCAUUGUCCUUGAGUCGUACUCAUCCUGGUUGACAUGUAGUUCACAUGUGACAGAGUAGCAGUAGUCUCUAAAAGUUCAUAAAGAGAAGCAUAUAACCCUAUCAGUUUCAUACCAACUCCCCUGACAUAGAUUUUAGGGUUCCUUCCCAUUCAUGUUACAAAUGUUGACAUGAAGGUUUCCUUAUUCCAAGAAUUCAGCUUCCUGGUCAGUUGAUGGAACAUAGCUCAGGAGAAAUUUUUGUCUGUCAAACAUUGGCAAAUGAGGUACACUGGAUGAGAGACACAGUGACUUAGUAUCUAAGAGGACACUGAUGGUGAUAAGAUAUUAAACAAUCAUAUUUGAAAGGAUAAGAAAACCCAGAGAGAAGCACUUCCAUAAUCCAGAAAGGUAGAAAUUGUAGGUAUUACUUAGUUGUACUGUCACAACAUCCUAUUAUCUAUACUCCCAUGCACAGUGGGCUCUCAGCUGAGCUAUAUGUGAGGCUGCCAGGCCUGGUCAGAAACUGGUUCCAGUAAAGCUUUUGAGCUUGUGCUAUCUCCUUGUCAACCCUGCUUGAGGUCUUUAUUUUUGUGAGCCUGAUUUCUGAUCUAAUUUAAAUCAGACUUGGGCCUGUGUAGAGUGGAGCAGGGUGGUCCUACAUCAUUCUAAAUCCAGGGAGGUGGAUGUUAAGGACUUGAGAAGGAUGGCAAUGUGUGUGGGUACCACCCUCUCCUGUGGCUAUACCCAAGAGUCUCCCCUUUACAGCUGUAGACAAGAAGUAGAGAUGGUUGUCAGGCCCACAGCCAACUCCCAGGCCAGUGAGUCCUGGAAGCAUGUGAUAGCACAGUCUUUGAAGUGCUCUGAAGGAAUGGGAAGAUGAGGAGUGAGGGAAGAUGAGCUGUGAGGGAGGAAGGCCUCCAUGAUGCUGUUUCCAUUCCCAUUACACUGCUUCGUCAGUGUACCGCCCAGUCUUGGAGUGGAUCAAAUUCCUUUUGAAGUGGCAGAUGCGGGAAUUAAUCAUGUUUGUGUCCAACCUCCAGACUCAUUUUUUCUCCCCUAACUUGUCACCAUCUUGCCUGAGGUUCAAGCAGUCUUAGACAGAAAUGCUGAAUGCUUAUAGUUAGUUCUGAAGUCCAUAGCAAAGACAAUUGGCAGUCCUUUAAAUGGUUAUUAUAUCAGCCUAAUCAGGCAACUACCUGGUGUAAUAAACACACGUUAAAACCAAUUAACCAGCUGUUUUUGUUUUGCAGAAAUUGACACGAUGAUCCAGUAAUUCACAUGGAAAUAUAAGGGACCCAAAAUAGCCAAAGCAGU